AUGAAUCGUUUUGGUGAUGUUGACACUGAAUCUAAACGACUGGCUCCUCUCGAAGAUUUUCAGAGUGAACCUUUCGUUCCAAUUGAACAGUCUCUUCAAUCUAUCGAGUCCCUCAUUGCUAACUUGCCAUCUUACAUCAAAACAGCUAAAACUCAUUGUCGUUUCCCAUCAGAUCAUGGAUUAUCACAAGAUGAAUCCACUGCUAUCUAUAUAUAUACUAUGGACUGGAAAACGGAUAACUUAUACGCCAUGCUAAACGAAGCAUUGCGAUCAGAAAACAGUGAAACAGUGAAGAUGUGGUUUCCAUAUUUAAAACUAUUUGAUUCAGCAUUGAGCAAAUUACCUACAGUGAAAGAAAUACUCUGGCGGGGUGUACCUCUUGACAUCGGUAGUAAUUUUACCAAAGAUCAGGUUGUAACAUGGUGGAGUGUGAGUUCGUGCUCGUCGUCAGUGAACGUCAUCAAAAGUUUCCUUGAAGGUCAUGAAAACGCAACUGUUUUCUUAAUUGAAGCUCGCCACGGGAAGAAAAUAUCGGGCUAUACGCAAUAUGAGAACGAGGAGGAGGUUAUUCUACGAAUGGGAACAAAAUUUCGUGUGAAGAGCAACCCAUUUAAACAAUCAAACAAUUCAUACAUUGUACAUUUGAUUGAAAUUGGUGACAACAAUGAGAAUUUAUCAUUAGCAAUUGCGACUGAUAUGCACAAGAUCACGGGACCAUUCUCACUUGAUAGUCAAAUAAUUACAACCUGGAUACAAAAUGGUUUUACUAUAGUUGGUGGGAACGGAAGAGGUAAUAGACUUAAUCAACUUAGAUGGCCCACUACGGUCUAUAUCGAUGAUGAUCAAACGCUCUAUGUUGCUGAUGUUAGUAAUCACCGUAUUUUAGAAGUCAAACAUGAUGGAACCCAUGUUCAAGUAGUUGCCGGUGGAAAUGGAUCAGGCAAGAAAUUAAAUCAGUUAAAGGAUCCAGCUGAUGUACUUAUUGAUAAAAUGACGAAUGAUAUCAUUGUUUCUGAUGGAGGCAACAGAAGAAUAAUGAGAUGGUCUCGUCAAAAUAAUACGAAUGGACAAAUACUCAUGUCUAAUAUUGACUGUUGCAGAUUAGUCAUGGAUGAACUAGGAUAUCUUUAUGUGUCCGACGUUGUGCGCAAUGAAGUGAGACGAUACGGAAUAAAUGAUACUCGAGGAACAGUGGUAGCUGGUGGGAAUGGCAGAGGAAGUCAGUUGAACCAACUCAAAGUUCCCGUAUACUUCUUCGUUGAUAAAGAACAAUCAGUAUAUGUGUCAGACAGAGAGAAUUAUCGCGUGGUAAAAUGGCUAAAAGAUGCGAAACAAGGAAUUGUUGUCGCUGGUGGCCAUGGAAAGGGUAGUUCUUUAUCACAACUGUCCAAGCCUUAUGGAAUCAUAGUCGAUCAAUAUGAAACUGUAUAUGUGACUGAUUCUGACAAUCACCGGGUAAUGUGUUGGCCUAAAGGCGCCAAAGAAGGAAGUAUCGUUGUUGGUGGCAACGGAAGGGGACAAUAUGCGAAUCAGCUCAGCUAUCCAUUUGGUUUAUCCAUUGAUGGACAAGAAAAUCUUUAUGUCGUAGAUCUCUUCAAUAAUCGAGUGCAAAGAUAUGCUGUCAAACGCAGCUGA